AUCGGCAGAGUCAUUAACACAGGGAGAACAUGAUGUCGAGGAGUUUGUGGCUGGUCUGCCUGUGUCUGUGUGCCUCCUGGGCAGAGGCUCGAAUCUGGGCCUGGAUGCUCAACAUGCCUCACAGCCCUCCCAAGGAAGGGCCGAGGACAAUCAGGGACAGUGCUCCUGCAGCCAAAGGAUCCAUGGGUGUGUGCGACCAUGACAGAGCCUGUGGGCGGGGUUUCUCCUGCGAUCGCCACUUCGGUCUGUGUGUGGCUCUUCGAGGGGAGGGCCAUUACUGUCGCAGGGACUCCCAGUGUGUUCGCGGACUCAGCUGCAUGUUUGGGAAGUGCCACCGCAGCAUCCCCAAUGGACAAGAGGGUGCCAGGUGUAAAGUGGAUAGAGACUGUGGGCCGUCCAUGUGCUGUGCCCGCCACCACGGUGAGCAGGUGUGCAAGAGGCGCCUGAUGCGUGGUGAGAGCUGCUAUGUACCUGACGGCGGCCUGGCAUUCAGUAUCAACCAGAUCUGCCCAUGUGAUGAGGGACUACUGUGUCGUGGAAACAGUGCACCACACUGGAGAGAGUAA